AUGGGUGGUUGUGUCUCUCUCCAACUCCAAGUAUCAUGCGAUCAAGUGUCGAACCGUCUCGGUAGCUGCUUUUGCAGCAAACUCAAAUAUAUUCAUAAUCUCAAGGAGAAUCUUGUAGCUCUGGAGACAGCCAUGGAAGAUCUCAAGGCAGUGCGAGCCGAUCUGCUACGGAAAGUCCAGGCAGCAGAAGAAGGAGGUCUACAAAGGCUUCAUCAAAUCAAGGUAUGGCUUAAGAGAGUCAAGAAUAUAGAAUCCGAAUUCAAUGAUCUAGAUAGCACUAGAACUCUUGAACUACAAAGGUUGUGUUUCUACGGUGCUGGCUCCAAAAACUUAAGUCUGAGCUGUCUCUACGGAAAAAGAGUCUUGUUGUUGUUGAAUAUGGUUCAGGACUUAAAAUCUAGAGGGUGUUUUGAAGAGGUGGCUCAUCCAGCUAUUAGAGCCGUGGGCGAGGAGAGGCCACUACAACCGACGAUCGUUGGUCAAGAAACAGUUCUUGAAAAGGCGUGGAAACACCUCAUGGAUGAUGGAACCAAGAUCAUGGGUCUCUACGGUAUGGGUGGAGUAGGAAAAACAACUCUUCUCACACAAAUCAACAACAAGCUUGUUGAUCUGUGCGACACAAAUGAUGGAGUCGAAAGUGUUAUUUGGGUUGUGGUCUCUGGUGAUCCAAAGAUCCACAAGAUACAAGACGAGAUUGGCGAGAAGAUAGGUUACAAAGGCGUGGAAUGGAGAAAGAAAAGAGAAAACCAAAAAGCAGUCGACAUACUUAACUUUCUAAGCAGAAAGAGAUUCGUGUUGCUUCUCGAUGACAUAUGGAGGAAAGUAGAUUUAACAGAGAUUGGUAUCCCGAAUCCAACGAGCGAGAACGGAUGCAAAAUAGCAUUCACCACUCGUUCUCUAGGCGUGUGUACGAGCAUGGGAGUUCAUGAUCCAAUGGAAGUACGUUGUUUAGGUACAAACGAUGCGUGGGACUUGUUCAAGAGAAAAGUCGGUAAAAACACGUUAGAAAGACAUCCGGACAUUCCCAAGAUCGCGAGAAAAGUUGCCGGAGCAUGCCGUGGCUUGCCGCUAGCGCUUAACGUCAUCGGAGAGACGAUGUCAUGCAAGAAGACGACGCAAGAAUGGUAUCACGCGGUUGACGUUUUGAAAACGUAUGCUGCGGAUUUCAGUGACGUGAAGGAGAAGAUUCUUCCGAUCUUGAAGUAUAGCUACGAUAAUCUUGAAGACGACAGUGUCAAAUCUUGUUUCCUGUAUUGCUCUCUGUUUUCUGAAGAUACUCUAAUAGAGAAAGAGAGGUUGAUAGAUUAUUGGAUAUGUGAAGGGUUCAUUGAUGGAUAUGAGAGUAAAGAAGGAGCCGUGAACCAAGGGUACGCGAUACUCGGUACACUUGUGUGCGCCUCUUUGUUGUUGGAAGGAGGAAAAUACAACAAUAAGUCAUACGUGAAGAUGCAUGAUGUGGUUCGAGAGAUGGCUCUGUGGAUAGCAUCUGAUCUCGGGAAGCAUAAAGGGAAAUACAUUGUACGAGCCGGUGUAGGGUUAAACGAAGUACCAAAGGUCAAAGAUUGGAAAAUUCUGAGAAGGAUGUCAUUGGUGAACAACAGGAUUGAAGAAAUACAUGGAAGUCCCGAGUGUCCUAAGCUCACAACGUUGUUCCUUCAAGAUAAUCGCCAUCUUGUGAAUAUCUCCGGAGAAUUCUUCAGGUCUAUGCCAAGAUUAGUUGUUUUGGAUCUCUCAUGGAAUGUUAACCUCAAAGCUUUGCCGGAGCAGAUAUCAGAGUUGGUUUCUCUGCGAUAUCUUGACUUGUCAGAGUCAAACAUAGCGAGAUUGCCCGUUGGUUUACAAAAGCUGAAGAACCUGAUGCAUCUGAAUCUUGAGUCUAUGUUGUGUCUUGAGAGUGUUACAGGGAUAUCGAAUUUGUCGGGUUUGAAAACGUUGAGACUACUAAACUUAUUGAUGUGGCUAUCUAUGAGCUUAUUGGAGGAGCUGAAACGCUUGGAACAUCUUGAAGUUCUAACCAUAGAGAUCACAUCAAGUUCGGCGUUGGAAAACCUCUUAUGCUCUCGCAGGUUAGUGAGAUGUCUUCAAAAGGUGUCUAUAAAGUACCUCGACGAAGACUCGGUCAGGAUUUUGACUCUGCCAUCGAUAGAAGAUCUCCGUGAAGUGUUCAUUGGGGGGUGUGGAAUGAGAGAGAUAGUGAUAGAAAGGAACAGAGAUCUGAGUAGUCCAUGUUUUUCAAAGCUGUCCAAAGUUUUGAUAACUGGUUGCGAUGGUCUUAAGGACUUGACGUGGCUAGUGUUUGCUCCUAACCUAACUCAUCUAAAUGUUUGGAACUCAAGCCAAGUAGAAGAGAUCAUAAGCCAAGAGAAGGCUUCAAGUGUUGAUCUCGCUCCUUUUAGGAAACUUGUGUAUCUGCACUUGUGGAAUUUGCCUGAACUGAAGAGCAUCUACUGGAGUCCUUUGCCUUUUCCAUGUUUGAAUCAGAUCAACGUACAAAACAACUGUCAAAAGCUGAGAAAGCUUCCGUUGGAUUCUCGGAGUUGCAGUGAGGGUGAAGAAGUUGUCAUAGAAUACGGAGAUGAAGAGUGGAAAGAAAAAGUUGAAUGGGAAGACGAAGCCACAAGACUCCGUUUCUUGCCUUCCUGCAAGUUGGUUUUGUAUAAUCUUUGA